UAUCUGCAGAUAUUAAUAAUGUCUGUCCAGGACAAUGUUGAAUCGCGUAUCAUUCGGAACCAUAUUAUUUUGUACAAAUACAAAUGUAAACGAAAGCUAUACUCGCAUUUUACAAGAAAGUCACGAAAGCCGAUUGUAUGAAUAAUAAAUGAAAAAAAAUCCAGUCGGUCGGUUGCAUCACGGAGGGGUUGCUUUGAGUAAUACAGGUAAUUGUACGUACAACAAAUCAAAUAUUGAACGACGCAGAAGAGCGUAGUAUAUGUGUUUCAAAGGACGACAGUCGCUUUCGGGUAAGAACUAUUUGAAGAGACACUUGGAAGUUGACAGUGUAACAGUCUGUGGGUGAAAUAAUAAAGAUUGUACGCAAACGUCAAAUUUUUAAGCGCUAGAAAAUGCGAUCAAGUACGAAUUGGAAUACUGAUACUGCAAAUAGUUUGAAAUUUCAUAAAUAUUUUCUUGGCAUUAUUGGACUCUGGGUACUAGAUGAGAAAAAUGUAUUCUCGAAAAUUCGAUGGUUUUUAUCAACGGCAGUGGAAUUCAGUACAUCAAUCACCAUGUCACUAGAAAUGAUUCUACAUUGUAAUGGUCAAGAGGACGCCAUGGAUGCCUUUUUAUUGGGCUCAUCGUCAUUAAUUAGUGUGAUAAAACUACUUUUGCAUCGCGUAUAUUGGAGACAAAAAUCCAUUUUGGUGGAAUCAGUCAUCCAUGAUUGGACUUACGUGAAAAAUUCUCACUCCCGCGAUAUCAUGCUGAAGUAUGCACGCAUAGGUAAACUAGGGUCCUCGAUAUUCUUCUAUUUCGGUUGUGCCUCGGUCAUAUCCUUCGUUUCCACUGUCGUGCUCGCUAACAUCAAUUUGCCCUGGACUUCGGAAAAGCAAUAUUUCAAUGAAACCUACGAACGAAAACUGAUGUUAGCGGCCUAUUGCGUUUUUGGAAAGUACACGUCUACUUUCACUUACUGCGCCAUUGAAGCUUUGCAGUUCGUACAGAUCGUCGUUAAUGGCAUUUCGCAGUGCGGGAACGACGGAUUCUUCUUCGAUCUCACGAUGCACAUGUGUGGACAAUUCGCAAGUCUCAAGAUGAACUUCACCGAAUUGGUUUGCGAAGAAUUUUCCUGCCGCACUAAACUCGAUAUCUUAUUGAAGAGACAUUAUCACCUUAUAUAUUUGUCGCAUUAUUUAGAAAAGGCUUUUACUCUGAUCAUCUUAGCACAAGUUUUAAUGAGUAUCCUUGUUCUGUGUGUCGAAGGUUUUCUUUUACUUCUCUCACUUGAAAUGAACGAUACUCUUACCGCCGCAAAACAUAGCGUCUUUAUUUUUUCACUGCUAGUGCAACUGUUUCUCUACUGCUUCGCUGGACAGAUAUUAGAAUUCCAAUCGAAAGGACUGGCCUACGCAAUUUAUAAAUCGCCAUGGUACAAUUUUGACAUACGCGUGAUGAAAAGUUUACCAUUAAUAAUUCUCCGAGCAACCAAACCUCAGCAGUUAACUGCAGGAAAAUUUGCAGCAAUGAAUUUAAUGACUUUCAAAGAAAUUCUGAAGGCUUCCGCCUCGUAUUUGUCGGUAUUAAGGGUAAUGAUUAAAGCGUGAGUAAAAAUUCUUGUAGCGAAAAAGAAGAAAAGUCUGUCGAGUU